UCACCCCUUCAGAAAGCUUUACCUUAGAUUGGAUAGAAAACCUUCUUUGGUUCUAAGCUUCCUUGUAACAGCUAACAACCAUGGCAUUUGAUGGCACCUGGAAAGUAGAGAAGAGUGAAAACUAUGAAAAGUUCAUGGAAGCAAUGGGUAUUAAUUUAGUGAAGAGGAAGCUUGGAGCCCAUGACAACCUGAAGCUCACAAUCAAACAAGAAGGAAACAAGUUCACCGUCCAAGAAUCCAGCACUUUCCGCAGCAUAGAGAUAGUGUUCACUUUGGCAGAGAACUUUGACUACAGCUUAGCUGAUGGAACCGAACUCACUGGUACCUGGGACCUGCAAGGCACCCAACUGAUAGGCUCAUUCAACCGGAAGGAUAAUGGGAAGAAACUUGAAGCACUGCGGGAAGUUGUAGGAGAGGAAAUGAUUCAGACUUACACCUAUGAAGGAGUAACAGCCAAAAGAAUCUUCAAGAAAGCAUAAACAAGUACUACUGAAGACUGAAAUCCAAUAGAAGAGCACUUGUGCUUUGUUUACAGCAACAAUUUUUCUUAACCAAAUACAAAGUAACUAAGUGCUAAUAUUCAGUUUAGAUGUAUUUAUCUUUUAUGCCCCAUGACUGUUUAGCUAAAUGGUGUUGCUGAGUCUGAAUAUAAAGUUUACUUUUUAUAAAUGGGGAAAAAUAAACAUAAUUUGACUCCAUAUUCUAGAAGACACUGUUGUCUUUCAUUGCUGUUGUGACUAAGUGUGGAUAAACUUAAAAUAAAUAAUUGCACCUUUAUACAAUAAAUCACUUAUAAGAACUAGCUAGUCUGAUCCAAGUACCAUGCAAAUAUGCAAGUUCACCUAUUUCUACGAUUUUUCAGUUUGGCACAUUUCCCCAUCAUUUUUCAUUUUGUGAUUUCUUAAAAAGGUUAACACAAAUGUUAUUUUCAUGUACAUUUUACUUAACAGACCAAAUUUUGUACAUACUUUCCCAUGCACAUGUUUGCUAGCAUGUCACCUAAUAUAAUGUAUAUUGAUUUC